UAUCUUUCACAAGGCGGAAGUUUGUCAUAGUGGAGAACCGUGUUCACGCUUUAAGGCUAUUUGACUGAGGUGCGCAUGCAGGUGGCAACAGGACUCCCCUCAGGCUCUGUCUUAAAAUAAGUAUUAGUGGAUAUUUGACAUAUCUGGAUUUUGUUUUUUGAAAGACAAACGCUGCUGCUUUUCAGGAAAGCUGUGUAUUAUAAGCCAACUUUUACUUUACUGGGAAGAAAUUGGUGCUAAAGUUUAUCUCCGCAAUCACAUUACCUCAUCGUAGUGGCUGAACAUGAGAUGUUUUUCAACAGAUUUCAGCUGCUUUUUGCUGUUUGCCUGAUGAUCCUGAUGGCGUUCUAUUUCAUAGAUUUUAGUAAAUAUCGUGGAGAGCCACCCAACAUCACUCCCACUACACCAGAACGAAGCCAUGUUUCCAGGUCAUCUGUGACCAGACCUCUACCUGGUUCCUGCACCUGUCCUCAAGACUCAUAUAUCCUAAAAGAUCACCUCCCUAAGGAGCAAAGUGAGGAGCUAAAGCAGCGACGAGCUAGGGAGUUUCAGCUGAACAAAAACAGGACAACUUCAGUACUGUCCAGACUGUUGUUUGCCUUGCCUAACUCUCCUCUGCAGUAUCCUAUCCAGGGUUACACAGUGCAGCCUUUGACCUCCACUGUCAUACCAGCUUUAGGACUGCAUGCAGAAAAAAGAAAGAGCUACAAGGUGGUCUUAAGUGUGUCUAAAGGCAUCCUCACAACUGAAAUACAACAUCAAGAUGUGACAGUUAAAGGUUCUGGUGAGAACAAACUGAUAAUUGAAUCCAAUAACCUGGUAAUCCUCAACAACCUGCUGGCCAAAGUGUCGUAUACCAGCACUAUCUACCAUAUAAACACUGGAGACCUUGCCACAUUCCAGUUUGAAAACCAUGAAGCGGUGUUCCCCAUUGCCAUCAAACAGCCUCAUAUACCAGUCCUGUACGACAUAGGGACAGACAUUAGUUCUCAAGUCACCAUCACCACAAAGACUUUCCUGCGCUACAGAGAACUGAAGGUGUUGUUGGACAGCAUCCGAAAAUUCUACAACAACAUAAAAGUGAUUAUUGCAGAUGACAGCUUAGAACCAGAGCCAAUUCACAGAGAAAACAUCUUAUAUUACAUCAUGCCUCCAGCACAGGGCUGGUUUGCAGGCAGAAAUCUGGCUGUUUCCCAGGUAACCACCAAGUACUUCCUGUGGGUGGAUGAUGAUUUUGUGUUUACAGAGAAGACAAAGAUAGAGAAGCUUGUGGAGGUCAUGGAGGCGAACCCUGAACUGGAUGUGGUUGGUGGGGCUGUAGAAGAGAACCAGUUUUAUUUUACUCUUAUAUAUGAGGAAGGAAAGGAAAAUGAAGGUGGUUGCCUAUACAGAAAGUCUCAGGGGAAAUUCCACUCACUUCCUGGCUACCCACAAUGCUUUUUGACUAAUGGAGUAGUCAACUUCUUCCUGGCUCGUACAGAUGCUGUACAGAAAGUUGGUUUUGACCCUAAGCUACAGCGAGUAGCACAUUCAGAGUUUUUUAUGGAUGGUCUGGGCUCUUUGCUGGUUGCAUCAUGUAGUCACGUAUCCAUUGGUCAUCAACCCAAAACAGCCAACAGCCAAAGUUCUAUAUACGACAAAUAUAGACACCCGGGAGAAAAUGAUGAAGAAUUCAAACUGCAGCUUCACUUUUACAAAAACAACCUUAAGUGCAUUACAUAUGGAUAGAAGAUUCAUUCAAAGAACAUCAGUGUCACUUGUAAUGUCAUAUUGUUUUGUCAUGGUCCCAGGGUUAUCUGAGUUUAGGAUUCUCAGUGAAUAUAGCCGAGUUUGGCUCUCUGUUUGGAUUUUAUUCAUCAAGAUUUUUUUUCUUUAUUAUUCCUAUAGAGAUUAAUAUCUUGUGAUGUUGGUGACACUGAAUUCUGUUUUUACUUAUUUUCUUUUGCUGUUUUGUCAUCCUGUGUUUUCACUCAUGUUUUCAUUGUAAAUCUAAUACACUGAACUUUAAAACGUUAUAUAUCUUCACAGAAGUACAAAACACGCUAAAAUCUAAUAGAUGUUGUGAGUCAUUUAUCUAUGCCACCUAUGUUUAUAUUUAAUAAAACCAAAGAAAUAAAUAUACAUACUGUACAAGAAUGAACAGUGUCGUAACAGUAAUAGUUCCUUAAAAUUUAUACUUAUGAUAGUUUACACAGAUGUAAUCAGAUGCCAUAAUUUCCCUUCUAACCACAUGUUUGAAUCCUGGUGUAAAUGGGCUAAAGAGUUCACUUUUAUAGAAGCAAUGUUUACUGAGAGGGGGGUGGUUGUCAGUGAGCUUUAGAUGCUGGUUUGUUGAAUGAGUUCAGUUGGUUUUUUGUUCAGUCUUUUACAGACAACCCACUAGUCUGAGAUGCAUAGGUCAAAGAUUUAUCCAAACAGGUGUGUAUCUUGACCUCACACAGACAUCUGAGUGCCCUAUAAAAAGCUUUUGGACCCAUCUAUUAUUUGUUAAGCAGAAAGAAAAACCCUAACUCACAUGUCAUGUAUUGUUAUGAGUUAUGUAAUAUGUUUUUUUUAAUAACAAUUUAAAGAUAUGUGGUACAAAAGGCUCAAACAGGUUAAGUUCAUUUCAGUGCACGUUUCAGAAACAUAUUUGAACUGCUUCCCUCUGUUGGCUCUUGUGCUUUGUGUUUAUUUUUACUUCAUUUAGCUUGUUUCCAUUGAUUUGUUGCACCUGUUUGGGUUUUUUUACGCAUGUGUUCCCCACUACCCAAAUAAACGUGUGUGUAUUUAC